AUGACAACCGCGAUUGUUCUUGUGCAGGAUCGUGAUCACAAUCUAAUUAAAGGGAGAGCCUUAUUGGACACGUGCGCUUCCACCAAUUUUAUUUCCGAAAAUUUCAUGAAACGUUUAAAACUUCCUGUAAGUCCAUGCGCCAUACAAAUCGGCGCUAUCAAUGCAAUAAACACCACAUCAAAGGGCACCGGGCAUGUCACGAUUCAAUCUCUAUACAACGGUUUUCGUAAACGCCUGCCAUGUUUAUUGGUUCCAAUGAUCGCUGAUUUAGUUCCGUCGGAGGUGUUUUCCCGAGAAAUCAUAAAUAUACCGCCAAACAUUAAAUUAGCCGACUCCGAGUUUCAUUUACCACGACCGAUUGAUCUUUUGAUUGGUGCUGGCUCGACGUUAUCAUUAUUCUCCAUCGGCCAAAUCGAUUUGUCUACAAUAACUAAUGAUUUAUAUUUACAAAAAACUCGUCUGGGUUGGAUCGUCGCAGGCGGGGUGACUACACCGAACCGUUCAAAUAAGGUAAUGUGUCGAUUAACUAACUUAGAACAGCAAAUCGCGCAAUUCUGGAAAAUCGAGGAAGUAUCCGUUGGAACAUUGAAAUCCAUUGAAGAACUCGAGUGCGAAGCUCAUUACACAAAACACGUAACACGUCAUCCUAGCGGACGAUAUAUCGUACGAUUGCCCUUUCGCGAGCGCGAUCGGCACCUCGGAGAUUCACGAACCGCGGCUCUCAAGCGCUUAAAUUCCCUCGAACGACGACUUAACUCAGAUCUGACUUUGAAGACGGCUUACUCACAAGUACUACAGGAAUACGUAGAUUUAAAGCAAAUGACCUUGAUACAUGAUUCUUUGCAUAGUGGAUUUUACAUGCCACACCAUCCAGUAAUUAAAGCUUCGAGCAACACCACCAAGGUCCGUGUAGUUUUUGACGCAUCGGCGAAAGCGAAUAACGGUGUUUCGUUGAAUGACCUGCUCAUGGUAGGACCGACCAUCCAAGACUCGUUGUUUACUCACUUGAUUCAAUUCCGUACAUAUAAAUAUGUCCUUACCGCUGACAUAGAAAAAAUGUAUCGGCAGAUAUUGUUACACGAGGAUGAUAGGAUAUAUCAACGUAUACUUUGGCGUCAAAACGAUCAAAUACAAACCUUACAACUUAAUACACUUACGUUCGGGGUAUCAUCUUCACCUUUUCUAGCCAUACGCACGAUUCAAAAACUCGCUGAUGACGAGUGUAACACAUAUUGUAACGCGGCCCGAGUAAUCAAGACGCAUUUAUAUGUCGAUGAUUUGUUAACUGGUGCGAAUACCAUCGAAGAAGCUCGUACCUUGCGCAACGAGAUUGUUGGGCAGCGUUCAUGUAAACGCGCCAUUACAGCUGCGAGCGCGCAGACUGUCCGAGCAGUCUGCGAUUAG